AGUCCUACACUUAGUAUGGGCCUAUACGAUGGUGCAAGUCAAAAUGUCCAAAUCGCCCGUAGACCCUCUGUCUGCUGUAGAAACCGGCUCUCAGUCGCACUAUUUCCAGCUGCCCAGGAAGUUGCCUAAAAGGAAAAGCCGCUUCAAACGCUCGGAUGGCAGCACGUCUUCUGACACCACAUCCAGCUUCAUCAAACGGCAGGGGUCGGCUGAUUCGUACACCAGUAGACCGUCGGAUUCAGACCUGUCAGCAGAGGAGGACCGCGAGGCGUAUCGGCGUGAAGCCGAACGCCAGGCACAACUGCAGCUGGACAGAGCUAAGUCCAAACCUGUAGCAUUUGCAGUAAAGACAAAUGUGAGCUACUGUGGAGCUCUGGAUGAGGACUGUCCUGUCCAAGGAGCUGCAGUCAAUUUCGAUGCCAAAGACUUUCUGCACAUUAAAGAAAAAUACAAUAAUGACUGGUGGAUCGGUCGGCUAGUAAAGGAGGGAGCAGACAUCACCUUCAUCCCCAGCCCUUUACGACUGGAGGCCAUGAGACUCAAACAGGAGCAGAAGCAGAGGAAAACAGGGGGUAACUCCUCUAGUUUAGGAGACAUGGUGACUGGUAGUUGGAGGACCACACCGCCAUCUGCAGGUGAAUCUAAACAGAAGCAAAAACAGGAACAUGUCCCUCCCUACGAUGUGGUGCCCUCCAUGAGGCCGGUGGUUCUCGUGGGACCUUCACUGAAGGGCUAUGAGGUGACAGAUAUGAUGCAGAAAGCUCUAUUUGACUUCCUCAAACACAGAUUUGAAGGAAGAAUCUCAAUCACCCGUGUAACUGCCGACCUGUCGUUAGCCAAGAGAUCUGUCCUCAACAAAAGACCCAUAAUGGAAAGAUCCAACACUCGCUCCAGUUUAGCGGAGGUUCAAAGUGAGAUUGAGAGGAUAUUUGAGCUCGCCAAAACCCUGCAGUUGGUGAUUCUGGAUGCGGACACCAUCAACCACCCUGCACAGCUCGCCAAAACCUCCCUCGCACCCAUCGUCGUCUACGUCAAAGUUUCCUCACCAAAGGUGCUCCAGAGGCUUAUCAAAUCCAGGGGGAAGUCUCAGAGCAAGCACCUGAAUGUGCAGAUGAUGGCUGCAGACAAACUCUCUCAGUGCCCCCCUGAUAUGUUUGAUGUCAUUUUGGAUGAAAACCAGCUUGAAGAUGCUUGUGAGCAUUUGGCUGAAUAUCUGGAAGUGUACUGGCGUGCCACUCACCUCCCAGGCACCACCCCUCUGAACCCCUUAUUGGAGCAAAGUCUGAUGACCCCGCCUUCUGCCAUCUCUAGCCUACAGAACCAGAAUAAGAACCAGCCACAGCCUCGUGAGGCGGUGGACUUGGAGGGUGAUGAAGAGGAGGAGGAGGAAGAGGUGGGUGAGGAGGCCCACUCUCCGUUGGAGCAGGACAGUCUCAUGCCGUCUGACGAGGCCAGCGACUCCCUGUCUCGUGGUCGGAGGGGGGGCCCGUGCCACCGGGGGAACGAGCAGGAUGAAGAGGAGGAGGAAGAGGAGGAGGAGGAGGAUGAGUACGCCUCUCCCUGCCAUGCUCGCACAUACAGGGACAGGUACCCCCCCCACCGUGGGCACACAGGAAGCGCCCACAGUGCGAACGGGCACGACUCACAGGACAGGCUGCUCCAACGCGAAGCUCAGCAAGGUCACAACCAGAGGAACAACCGCCAGCGCAGUCGCCCCUGGCCCCGAGACACCUACUGACCACCAAGGCCCCCCCACCCGUCCGACCUCCAGCACCAAGUCCCUCCGAGCCCUCCGACUGUAGUACGUUCCCAAACAUGAGAUUCUCAGAUUAAACAGCUGUCCUCGAAUCAGCCCAAAUCUAUAAAUCUAAUCAGAAACAAAGAGAAGCCGAUGCCCAGUUUACAAACUGUAGGCUUACUUUUAAAGAAAAAAACGAAAAGAAAAAAAUCUUCCAAACUCCCAGCGUUACUUUAUCUAAAUUGAGGGAAUGUAAUGACCCCUCUUGGGUCAAGUCAUUCAGAUUGCGUUAAAGUCAACAGGGCUACUCAACUCUGCAAUGGAAAGGUUUCAGGCUACCAGCUAUACGCAAACACAAACUUUAGCUGCUUUGCUGAAGGUUUCUCUAUUGUAGGAUGUCUCAUAUACUGGCCUUAAAAUUCCUAAGACUUUUAUCUUUACUAUUGCAUGUAUGAAUAUGAUUAUUUUAAGACAAUUUGCACAUUAACGUCAGAACAGGAACUGAAUGAUCUUUACAGAUAAACUAAUGUAGGAAUGUCUACCGUUGAAUCCAUUUAUGGGAAAUAGUAAUGCAUUUACAAUGUAUAUAAUGAAUGGGCACCUGGUUUUGUUUCAUUGCUACUUAAUUUGUUUGAUCAGUUUUGUUAAUAUGGACUUGUUUGUUGAUUCAGAGAAAUGUUGCCAUUUACAGUAUGUGUUCAGUCUUUUUACUCUGAAGGUGGUGGUGAAUGGCAUUGUGGGAGGCACACAGUUUCUCAGUAUGUGUGUCCUAAAGCUCACAGUGUAAGCAGGCGCAAUGAAGCUGCAGUACAGUGUCAGUGUCACCUUUGUUCUGGGCAUCACUUGUCUUUGCUGUCGCACAAUCACUCUAACACCUCUAAAAAUCUAAAAACGGGCACACAGAAUGUAAACACAACUAAGAAGGGAAUGUUUUGAUGAACAAACUAUUUGCCAAACUGCUUGUUUACAUUGAGUCAUUUACAUAUAUCAAGCACACGCAGCACUGCUGCAGCUCCUCUUUGAAUCCAGGCUUCAGAGAAUGUAAGCUUGCAUGCCUUUGCACCUCCAGCACCUCCUGGUGUCUCCAACCCAACCGAUCGCCCUGUAAUUCGAUUGUAGCACGUUACUGAUUGUAGCAUCCACGGUUUUUACACAUAUCUCACCCACUGUGCGUCGGUUUGUCAAACUUUUAUGUUACGUACUGCAGUUUUACAGUUUAGCACUGAUUAGGUUUUACCCAGGCAGAUCCUCAGGUGUCCCUGCGUAGGGAGAGUCCCCCCAGUCACUUACCCAUCAUGCUCCACUGUUCAACCCAUGAAACGAAUGUGUGGUGCGUCCCUCUGUCGUGCUCCUAAAGGACUCACAGCUGUAGCACCUGUGACAUGACGUCAUUCUGUUCCUGCACCAUUAGUUCAUGAGCCGAUGGUGAGUUGGACACGAUGCUGACGAGAAGCCAAACUGCUUCUGUCCAUACAGGGUUGAAAACAGCCAGCUUUAGGAAUCACUGGUUUACUGCUUCCAUGUCGCACAGGUAUCUCUAUCUAGUGUUCAGUAUAUUUUGAAGAGAAAAAAAAUCAGCAUGUUUGAAAAAAAAAAUGAAAAAAAAUCUAUGCAAGUGUUGCAUGAAACCUGAUUGUUUCUUUUUACAGUUAAGUAUUUUAGUAAUGCAUUGAUCCUGAUUCUCCUUGUUGUCUUGUAGUGAUAGUCUUGUCUUUGGGGCUAUUCACUCUGUGAAAUGCAGCAGUUCACCCCACAACUAACAAUACUAUUACUAAAAAACAGAAUGCAUUGAUUUAUCAACAAACCGUAACAUUGAGGAGCUCGUUCCUCAGUAUUGGGCGGACAGAUGGAAGGAUGGAUGGACGCACUUUUAAAAUCACUCACUGAAAAUUGUCCCCGUCCCAGAUGAGGCACACAGUUUCUUUCAUUUGUUAUUAAAAAAAAAAAAAGAUUGAGUGGAUUAUUAAAGUCCUGCAUGUGUUAGUUCACCAAUUAGCUAUUUUCACUAUAUUUUGGCAGAGUAUGUUUUUCAAAGCGGACCAAUUUAGCAACUGAUAAAGCAGUUGAGGUUUUUCAAUUUAUGAAGCACAAUUUUUACAAAGGUUAUAAUUUAGUUUCCUCUGUCUUAUUCUGUAUGCAAUACUAAGCCUAACAUUGAGAAACUUUAAACGCCUUAGACCAUCUGGACUUCCUUUUUGUGUGAGUUAGAAAAAAAAAAUUGCACUACUUUUUGUUUUGGGAUGGUUGCUUUGUAAUGCAAUAACUGCACUAAAUAUAACCAUGUAUCCACCAGACUACCACAGCGUGCUAGCGUGACCCAACACGCCUCUUCCCUCUAUUUAUCAAAAAGAGACAGCAAAUGUGUAAAAAGUGAGACAUUUCCUGCCUGAUGCUGUAUAGAAUGCUUUCUAUUUGAAAAUAGAUUUACAAUGCUAAGUAAAAUAUGACUUCGACAAAAUAAAUGACAUUUUAUGUA